CCCCCUUUUUAAUGGAGAAAUGGGUUGGAGAUUUUUAGGGUUUUGAGGUUAGGAAUGAAAAAAAUGUGACUUCAGGACAAAGAAAAGUGACUUCAGCAGCUUUCUGGGGACUAGUUUGUUAGGUAGUUUGAAAGAAAAUGUAAAAACAGUACUUGUCAAAUACAAAUAUGACAAAUGGUCAUAUAUAGAACCCCCCCGCUCCAAAAAAGAAAGAAACGCAGCCAGAAUAAAAGCAAUAGCAAGCAGGCAGAAUCUGUGCCUGGACUUACAAGUACGUGGGAGAAUGAAUCCCAGCUGUUGCAGAGUUAGAGCCCUGUCUGUAGGCCUGUCUCAUUUGUGAUACGGAUGGAGUUAGAGGACUGGAAAUAUAAGAGUGUUCCUGAAGGUAACUGCCGUUGUGCCAGGUGAUUAAGAGGAAAAAGAGAUGUGAAUGAGGGAAAUGGGGAGCCCUCCCAUCAGGGUAAUCUAGGACUGGAGUAGUGAGGAUUCUAGAUCUGCCACCUCCAGAUCUAGUUUUUCCUCUGGUAUCUUCCCUUAGCUCCUAGUAUCUUGUUCUUUGGGUCACCUCAUCCAUUGGUCAGAUCUCCUCAGUGGGCUCUCUUCAUGUGAGAUAACCAGGCCUCGAUGUUUGUACCCUAUUCACUGUAACUUGUGCCUAUUUCACAAUCUUCCCAUAGGUCACAAGUUAAACCAUCUAUUCUCAUUAUUGUCAUGCAUCUGCUCCCAUUUCCUCUUCAGCAGUUGUAUUCUUAAAGCUCAGGAGGGAAGCAAAUACAGGAUUUGUUUCAGAAUUAGAUACUAGAUUUGAAAUAAUGUUUCUUUCUAUAACUGGUAUGGAAAAAAUUAACAGAGCCAUGUUUUAUUGUACUCCUUUUUAGAAGCUGAUUGCCUACUUGUUGAUGAAUCAGAGAAGUACCAGGAAAGCAAAGACAAUUUUUUGAAUUCAGUUUUGUUCACGUUCAAUAAAAUUCUGACUGUGGAGAGACUCCAUGGUUAUAACAUGAGCACAAGUCUUAAUCCUACAAGAAAAAAAUCAUAUAAAUGUAAAUCAUAUGGGAAGAGCUUGCAACCUACUUUAGAUUUACUUAAUUAUAAUAGAUGUUAUACGGAAGAAAACUCAUAUGAAUGCACUGAAUGUGGGAAAGCCUUCAAAAAGAAGUUUCAUUUCAUUAGACAUGAAAAAAAUCAUACAAGAAAAAAACCCUUUGAAUGCAAUGACUGUGGGAAAGCCUAUAGCAGGAAGGCUCACCUUGCAACUCAUCAGAAAAUCCAUAAUGGAGAGAGACCCUUUGUGUGCAAUGAUUGUGGGAAAGCGUUUAUGCAUAAAGCACAACUGGUGGUCCACCAGAGACUCCACACGGGAGAGAAACCGUACGAAUGCCAUCAGUGCGGGAAGUCAUUCACUUGGAACUCCUCCUUUACCCAACAUGUGAAAUCACAUACACUUGAGAACUCGUUUGAAUGUAAGGAAUGUGGGAAAACCUUCAGGUACAGCUCAUCCCUUUAUAAACAUUCUAGAUUUCAUACAGGAGAGAAACCGUACCGAUGUAUUGUAUGUGGCAAAGCCUUUGGUAACACGUCUGUGCUUGUUACGCAUCAAAGAAUUCAUACA